AAACGCACAAGUGAGGCGGCUCAAGUAUAGAUGCCGUGCUGAUUGCCAUGGGGUAGGAGCAACUCCUUUGCUCAUUACUGCGCAUCCUUCCAACUGUGCUAACCGCUGGUGUAGCUGCCGCGGCGGGGAGGACGUCACUCAUAAGCGCAUGCACAUGUGCGCAGCGAAACAGACGCAAGGGAGGAGGAGCCCUCACAGGAAAGCGACCCUAACUGAGUUAGAUGCGUGAGGGCAAAUCUGCCCACGUACAAAAAUGUAAGCAUAUGCACGCCUUCUCGGAAGAGUACUAGCAAAAGAGGAAUAACCGCCUGGCCAACAGAGUAACCGCCUACCCAACAGAUCACCCGCCUGCCCACCAGAGCAACCAUGAAGGCAAAGGGCCCCGUGAAAAUCGUUCUGUUCGGCGCGCCCGGGGUGGGGAAGGGCACCUUCGCGGAGAUCCUGUCCAAGAAAGAAAAGCUCAAGCACAUAAACAUGGGGAGCAUACUGAGGGACGAAAUAAAAAAUAAAACUACCAUAGGGAGAGAAAUUCACAAAGUAGUUACGAGUGGAAACCUAGUCGCAGAUGAGUUGGUCGUAAAAAUAGUGAAGGGCGAAAUAGCCAAGGUGACAGCACAGGAUGGCCACUUUAAGGGGUUCAUUUUGGAUGGCUUCCCACGGAACUUAUUGCAGUGUAAACAGCUAGUCGAAAUUACCAGCAUAGAUCUGUUCGUCAAUAUACACAUGCCGAGGCACAUCCUCCUUAAAAAAAUUAUGGGGAGGAGAAUUUGCCAUGAAUGUAACAGAAAUUUUAACAUUGCCCAUAUUCGAGACGACCCGUAUGAUAUGCCUCCUAUUCUUCCCCCCCCCGAGUGUGAAAAGUGCAAGGGUAACCCAAAGCUACAGAGGAGGAGCGAUGAUGAGGAGGAAAUUGUUGCCCACCGACUGGACACGUACGAAUCGACCAACUCGCAUCUCAUAAAUUUUUUUAAAAACUCGAACUGCAACCUCGUCGAUUUUGAGAUACAGCGGGGGCUGCGCGACUUCGACAGCUUCUACCGCGUCGUGGGGCAGCACCUUUAG